AGAAGGGAGCGAUCCCAUCCCAAUUCCCAAGCGCAAGCACGGCGGGGGUUGGUUUGUUGCUUCACUUUUCUCCGCCCGGCCGCCCGUCCCGUUUCGCCGUCGCCGGCUGAUGGGGAACAUGACCCGCUCCGACUCCCCCAUCUCCCGCCGCAUCGUCCUCUCCUUCCUCGAUUUCCUCAACUCCGUUGAGUUAGCUCCUGGAGCUGAUCCUGAAGCUCUUGAGGUUGCUAGGGAAUGCCUGGAAUCCAUCUUCAGUAUCAACUCUUCAUCAGUUGGCGAAAGGGUACAUCCAGGACUUCUACUUGAACUAUUUAGCUCUCUGGAAGCUGCUCAGCGUGAUAGCUCAGGAUCAGAUCCAGUAUCACAAUUGGUAUCCAACAAACCUUCUUGCAGUGCAAGCACCUCAAAUAUCCAAGAUGACUCUACUAAAUGUACAACAUCAAAUAGUGAAGACCAAAAUGAAGUUACCUUUGACUUAGAUCAUUCCGGGGAUGAACUGUUUGCGAAAUUCUAUUCUGCACUUGAUGAAAUCAAUUUCUUUAAAGCAUCAUCUGCUGGAGCUGAAGAUCCUGUCCAGCUGUCAAAAGCAACACAAUUCUUCGAUGAUGCGUUGCUGGAGAUGCGUAAAUCCGGAAGGAAAAGGACAAGCUUAGGAGACCUUGCAGAUUUCUUUAAAUCAAAAGGUAAUGAGUUCAUGAGGUCAAAACAACAUCUUAAAGCUGUAGAGCUGUACACCAGUGCUAUUGCGUUGAGCCGAAAAAAUGCUAUUUACUAUUGUAACAGGGCUGCUGCAUAUACUCUUCUUGAUAUGUUCAAUGAAGCUGUUGAGGAUUGCCUGAAGUCAAUUGAAAUCGACCCUAAUUACAGUAAAGCAUAUAGCCGACUUGGGUCUGCUUUUUUCGCUUUGGGAAACUACCAUGAUGCUUUAUAUAAGGGUUACUUGAAAGCCUCUGAGCUUGAUCCUAGCAAUGAAAAUGUCCGGCAGAAUAUCGAGGUUACCAAAAAGAAGCUGGCUGAGCAGCGAGGUCCACCAGAACAGAAUACAUACACACGCCAAGAUCAAGCAUCACAUCGACAGUUUCCUGGCCAAUCAAGCAAUGGUGUUCCAUUCACCUUUUUUCCUCCUGGAAAUGGUCCAACUCCUGAGUUCUUCACCAAUAUCAUAAACCGUGUGUCUGAUAUCAGUCAACAAUCAUCUGAACAUUCCAUAAAUAUAAAUUUGAAUGACAUUUUUAGUCAUGCAAACGUCAGUGGUAACAAUCAAGGAACAGCUCAGACAGAGAACUCAAGUAGCACUACCCCACCUGCUUCUUUUCCAACCAAUGGUGCAGUUCCUCCUUUUCCCUUCACGGACUCGGGAAGUGAAGGAAAUCACCCACAGCAAAAUUCAAGUGGACAUGAAGGGGUGCAUGGCCAACCAGGCAUGCACAGGGAUGGAAUCCAAAUAAACUUGUCAGGACCAGAGCAGGCUGCAGACGCUCUGAGAACUGUGAUGCAGAUGUUUGCGCCACAGACGAGCCCACAUGAAGGUGCACCUGCAGCAUCUAGAGGGCCAGGUUAGACCUGAGGAACAAGAUGGGUGUAACACUGUAACAGUUCAAUUCUUGCACGGGCACAUUCUCAUGUUCUUUUUUGGUACUUCUCUUUGCCGAUCAGCCAUGGAAUUUCAAUGUGCGGGAAGAUCAUAUUGGGAUUGCGUACGUUAUUUCUGUUUAAUGGUACCUUGAUCUCUUGCUGUAUUUUCUGUACUUGCAUUCUCUCUGCAUAUAAAGCAUUAAUGUAUUAUGGUAAGUCUAUGCUGUUGUUAUGUUUGGUGAAAAGCAUUGUGCGAAAAUUUUAGAGAAAUGAAUGGUGUUGUCAAACUUUUGAUGAUUUAGGUCGCUUAGCUCUUUGGUUUACUGUUGUAGUUAAAAAGUAUUAACCACUGAAGCUAUUGCAUUGAACUCUUGGACAAUCAUCCUGUAAAUGUUGCUAGUGGCAGUUAGCAGAUCAUAUUUGUGGAGCAGAGUUAAUGCGCACAUCUACCUUGGAGACGGUUAAGAACAUGCGAUACACAGGUUGAGACCUACAGAAGAAAGUUCAUAGCUGUACGGCUGUUCCCAGUUUUUCUUGAUUGGUGGGUGGUUCAGAGUUUCUAAAACUAGGAACAAGAGAACAUGCCAAAGUGAACCCUUUGUUGUACAUCACAUCAUAAUUGCCUUGUCUCUUUUUUUUCUCUCUCUCUUUUCAUUCGAGGAGGAAUAAAAUGGUUGGCUGGCAAGUUCGAGGAGGAGUGCCUACUCCUCAGAUUCGAACUCCUCUGAUUGAUAUCCAUCUUUUCUCCUUUUGGUGCUUGAUGAGACUUUAUCGUUCUACUGAUGAAAGCCCCCAAGAGGUGUCAACA